CGAGAUCUUUGAGCUUCAUCCCUGAGACUCUCUUGCAUACAUAUGUGGUCUAAUCGUCAAGAUGAUGCCGGCGUGAAAUCUCUGGCAUAAUCAGCGGCUUAUGUCCAGGCUCGCCAGUAGACUCCCAGUGACCCUCCAGCAACUACAAAGCCAACUACUACUACCCAUGGCACAGGCAACUUCUGCCGGCCAGAGCCAGGCUCCUGGCAUGAAGCUGACUGGCAGAGCUUUUUACGAAAGCAUUGGGAGUCCCAAAAUGAUUGUCGCACCUAUGGUCGACCGCUCAGAGCCUGGAGACUUCUUACUCGAUCCUACCUAGAUAAAGAGCGAUCGAAAUCCUUGUUGGCAUAUUCGCCAAUGCUCCACGCGCGGCUCUUCAAAGAGAGCCCAAGAUUCCGGGACGAACACUUCCAACCUACAAGAAGCAGCUUAGUUUCGAAAGAGAAGUCUUCUUCGCCUGCUUGGUUGGACGGAAAUCCAGAGCACGACCGUCCGCUCUUUGUACAAUUCUGUGCAAACAAGCCUGACGACCUGCUCGAAGCUGCGCAGUACGUAGCCCCGUACUGUGAUGCGGUGGACUUGAACUUGGGGUGCCCUCAGGGCAUUGCACGAAGUGGUAAUUACGGAGCGUUUCUGCAAGAGGAUUGGGAUACCAUCUACAAAAUGAUCAACAGGCUGCACAAUGAACUGUCAGUGCCGGUCACUGCCAAGAUGAGGAUAUUGGAAACGAGAGAGAAGACACUCGACUACGCAAAGAUGAUAUUAUCAGCUGGUGCUAGCAUCCUGACCGUUCAUGGUCGACGCCGCGAGCAAAAAGGGCACAAUACCGGACUUGCAGACUGGUCGAUGAUACGCUACCUACGCGAUAAUUUGCCUGCUGAAACCGUCAUCUUUGCCAACGGCAACAUUCUCAAUUCGGGCGAUAUCCAAGCUUGCCUAGCUGCCACGGGUGCCGACGGCAUCAUGAGCGCCGAAGGAAACCUCUCAGAUCCAACUAUUUUUGCCGCACCUCCGAUAGAAUACAGUCCCCGAGAAUAUUGGUACGGGCCUGAGGGUAAAGGUGGGUACCGCUUGGACGCCGUCUUUCGACGGUACAUGGAUAUUAUCUACAAAUACACACUCGGUAGAUCGCCUCCGGAGCGUCCGCCGCUUUAUAUCCCCGGCGACGACAAGCUUGAAUGCCUCCAGGAGAGGAAUACGACGUCAUCAGAGAACCAGACAUCCAACAGCAAGAAACGAAAACGAGACUACAAGCCCAAGGCGGAUCCAAACCUGAAGCCGAUGCAAGGGCAUCUUUUCCAGCUGCUCAGACCCAUCGUGUCAGUACACACCGACAUCCGAGAUGCAUUGGGCCGGACCAGGUGCGGAGAUAUGGAAGGGUUCGAGCGAGUUCUCUCAAUGGUCGAGCUGGCAGUUAUGCAAGGUCUUGAUGGAGAAGCAAGUCAAGCCACAACUGAAACACCGGCUUCACAAGAAGACCCUGUUGCUGAGGAAGACAUGACGCCCAAGCAGAUAACAGAACUGAAGUACAAGAGACCUUGGUGGGUCUGCCAGCCUUACGUGCGGCCGUUACCAGAAGAGGCUAUCAAGCUGGGGUCACUUCAGCUCAGCAAGAAGGAAAAAGCUAAACUAGCUUUAAGCGAAGCAGCGGAGACGAAACAAGACCCGAUUCAGCGAAGUGACGACAGCCCGGAUGAGCCGUCUUCUCAUAAUACUACCGGCGAACUCCCCAAGGCCGCGUUGGUCUGUGGAUAACGAUGAGCGCAAAUGGAUGAGUUCGAAGACGAGUUCAUAUUCCAGACUACCCAGAAUCUACCAGGACCUCGAUACCCAGACAGACUGCCUGCUGGCUAUACUACGCUGUCGUCCGUGAGACCAGCUCUCGGUAUCAACAUUGUCAGAUAUAUACCCUGAGCAAGGCAGCCUCAUGCGGAGUUUUACUCACCCUUGCGCUUCUUGCGCGCCUCAUCGUCGUCAGAGUCUGUCCCGUCCUGACGUUUGCGCUUCUCUCCGUGCUGCUUCUUCUCCUCGUCGUCGUCAUUGAUGCUGCUGCCGACUUCCAUCUGCUCAUCGACGGCCGUAGAGCUAUCGCGCUUCUGUCUCUUCUGACCUUCGUCGCCGUCCUCGGAUUCUCCCACAGAGUCGUCGUGCGUGCGCUUCACACCAGCGCUCGAGACAGGGCCGACAGACGGUGCUUGACUGGCACGCCGUUCGUUGUCCAUGGCUCGAUACUGUUCCUGGAUCAGUUGACGAAUCGCAUCUCGAAGCUCAGGAGCAAUGCUGCCGUCUCGAUAGUUUGCUUCCACAUCCUGGAUCAAAGCGUCUCGGAGAGUUUCAGGGAAUUGUUGUUGACCGCGUCUGAACCCAAGUUGGUCCAAGUCUCUCUCGGUUGUGUCCACAUGGUCAUUGAAGUAUGAAAAGGCCGCCGCCUGGAGACCUUCGGUGUCGAUGGGUGAUGCAGAUGGUUCGGGAGACUUCGACUUGCGACGCACUGGAGAGCCUUUCGCAGGUGGUUCGGGGGUCCUCGACAGACGAGGCACCGGAGAGCUUCUCGCAGGUGGCGUUGCAGGGGAGUCUCCGUCUGUCUUGCCGCCCAAUGUAACAUCCGGCUCUUCUUCCUCUUCUUCGCCUGAAAGCGACCGAGCCUCGGGGCUCCCCACCUGUUUCUUAGCCUUUUCCUGCUUUCUCUUGGUAGAUGCCUCCAUUCUAGCGAAAUAGCGUUUGUCCUCGGGGACCUUGAAGUCAUCAACGAUGGCUCUGGUACGACCCCGUUGAGUCAUGAGAGCAGAAGCCUCGCGCGGCUUUCGUGGUUCCUUGGAGCCUGGCAGAAUCUUGCCCACGAAUUUGUCGUUCAUUCGCGUCGCCCAUUCUUUCUUCUUGUCGUUGGAAACUGUCAGAGGAAGGAGCUCGGCUUCGGUCUUGUUUGGGUGGGCCUUCUUCUCUUCCUCCAGGAGUUCCUUCAUCAAGUCGUAAAGGAGGGCAAGUUCCUCUUCGGACCAUUUCUGAGAUUUGUCGCGCCUGGAGACGUUCAGGACCCUCGCCUGGUUUUGACGCCACCAGGAGUUCAACAAAGUCACAUGUUUCUGGUUCUUCCAGUCAAAAAGGGUACGCUUCGAGUUCGGGCCAGGGGCUUGGUCACCACGCUCGGGCCAGUAGAAAUCGGUCUCUUUCUUGAACAUGUUGAAGUUGUACUUACCUUUGGAAAUGUACUCCAUGAUAAAUCUCCGAGGAUUGGUCGCCGAUGCCUUUGCAGUGUCUGGGUAGUCAUCGAUCAUAAACCCGUCUGCACGAUCUCUGGAAGGGGACGAUGGUGUUGACGAGGAUUUAGACGAGCCAUCAGAGUCAUCAUCAGAGUCGGAGGGGAGAAAAGUGUCUCGCUCACUGCCCCAAUUGCUGUCGGAGCUGGAGGAGCCGGAGGAGGAGGAGGAGAAGGAGGAGGAGGAAGAACAAGAAGAAGAGUCGGAAUCGUCACCACCAGGAUCCUUUCGUGGUACACAAGCUUCUGGUGUUGGCUUCUCCAUUCUCUUACCGUCGGUGCCCAUCCUCAUCCCGUCAAUCGCGACGUUGUUACGCCGUGGCUGGCCCGUGUAGGGGGGCACGCCAUCGACAUACCAAUCGUAGACGGCUCUGAUCAGGUCAAACUGGCGUUCUUCCAGGAAGACCAACAGGGAAUACCAAUCGGGUCGACCGGUUAUAUUUAUAAAUUCCGCCAGUCUCUCAUCCCUAGCCGCCUGGUUCUUCUUGUCUUCGUCAUCCAUGUCCGCGGCUUUCUUGUUGGCAGCAGCCGGCAGCUUCUUUCGCAUGUGGUCGAAGCGGCGAGCAAGUUCGCGCAGGACUCCGUCGGCCGUGAGUUUCUGGAAGCUGGCGGUAGCCAGGUCGAAAUCCCAAUGAUUCUGGGUGAGCCACAGACUCGCUGCCGAGCGGUUGAUGGUCCUGGUCUGCUGGCUUCGGUUCCUUACCCAUUGUUGGAGUGCCAAGGCAGCGUCGCGACGCUCUUGCUCGGCGUUGGCGUUCCAGCGGACACGCGAGGCGUCGAAAAGGCCUCGGGCCGUGUCGUCGCCGGCGUUGCUGUCACCGUCGCCAGUCUCGAAUGCGAGGUGGUUUGCUCGGACCGCGGUGUAGUCGGCCACGGCGGCGUCGAUGUCCCAGUUGUGGAUUUUCAGGAAGUAUUCCAGGAUGGGACGGUCGACAACAUAGGGGUAUAGACUUCGUCGGAAAGCGUCGAUGCGGUCUCGCUGUUGGGUCGGUGUAGGAGUGGUUCGGGCCUGCCCGCUGUUAGUCCCAUUGCCGCCUGCAGUGGAUUGAUUAUUGGUGCCGGACGCUUUGCCGCCUUUUCUGGGAGCCAUGUUUUCGCAAGAAGUUGUCAGUGUUUUGAUUACUGUUUUUUCUGUACCGAGGAUUCUCAAUUAGUGGAAAUGGCGACUUGACUGGUUUAUUGUUGCGGGCGUUGGCACUUACCAAUGUAACGUGGUAUUGGGUUGUAGCUAUAGAUGAUCACCAGGACCGUAGAGCUUUUAGAGGAGUUGUUGGUUGGAGUAGUGUGUUGGGAGAAGAAAGGUUCGAACACGUUGUGUGUGAUGGGAAGGCUUCGAGUGAGGUGCGAGGUUCGCAUAAAGGGUAUAUAUAUAUGAGUUGACAUAGUCGAAC